CAGACCCACAAAACUAAACAAUCGCAAACUUGAUUGUGCAAUUUAUUUCUUCUUUGUUUUAAAUUUACAAACAUUUUACGCGACUUCCUCAUCCUCCAACUCCUGUCACGAACAAAUUUUUCACCUGUUCUUGUACUUAACGCAUCAAAUCGAGCUUCAAAAGUCUGCAAUGAACGAAAAAAAGUGUUCUGAAAUUUUAUGACAACUCACACAGAGACAAGAAAGAAACAAAAAACAAGAAAAAGUUAAUAAGCAAGAAUUCUAAUUUAAAUAUUUAUUAAUUUAAAGUUCAACAUCUACGAUACACACAACGCAGAGAUUACGCAGAGUGGAUGAUAACCGUGUGUUGCUGGAAUGUCGUAAUCUAAUCUCUCGAUUGUUUAGUUUUUAAUUUUUAAUUGGUUUUUCGGAGGAGAUACGUUCAUUUAAGCAGAAAACUCGAAUAAAUGGCAACGAAUAAGUUACUUGAGGAAGGCACCGCGAACAAUCCAAGUACAAAUGUGACGCCAAGUAGGGCGUUACUGCCACGACAAACGCCCCCUUCUUUAUGGACUCCGUGGCUCGUAAUAACGGGCGUUUCCACGACAUUUGGUGCUUCCAUCGCGUGCGGCUAUCACAUUGGCGUGAUAAAUUCGCCCGGCAAGUUCAUCAAACAAUGGUGCAACGAGACAAUUUUCGAAAUUUAUGACACGGCGAUGUCACACGACACGCUGGAAGCGCUCUGGGCGUUUAUUGUGUCGAUUUUUCUCGUUGGCGGCGCGGUUGGAUCUCUCAGCGGAGCAUGGGUCUCAAAUAAGCUUGGGAGAAAAAAAGCUUUUUUUGGAUGCAGUGUCUUGUAUAUCCUCGGAGGGCUCUGUUUUCAACUUUGUCGCUCGUUUUCCUCCGUCGAGUUGCUUGUCGCGGGGCGUUUGGCAGUCGGAUUGGCUUCUGGCUUGACAACGAGCACAAUUCCGAUGUAUUUGUCGGAAAUUGCCCCCAUGGAGUUACGAGGCACCUUCGGGGUACUUGCUUCGAUGGGCAUCACAGGCGGCGUCGUGGUCGGACAAGUUUUUAGUUUGACGGAAAUUUUCGGCACAGACGAUUUGUGGCAAUUUGCGUUGAGUUGCUACACCGUCAUCGUCAUAAUUUGCCUUUUGCCGUACAUGUGGCUGCCGGAAUCGCCCAAAUAUUUGUAUCUCGUGGCGAAUAAUCGAACGGAUGCCGAACAGGAACUCAUGCGACUUCGAAGCAGCGAUGCCCAUAUCAAGACCGAGAUGGAUGCGAUGAAUCCGAAUAAUCGCGCGAACAUUUGCGAGAAAAGGUCGUUGUGUUCGGUUGUUAGAGAUCCGAAGCUGUUGUUGCCAUUGGUGCUUGUUUGUGCCUUGCAAGGAGGGCAGCAAAUGUCGGGAAUUAAUGCAGUUUUUUAUUAUUCCGUGCAGCUGUUUGAAAGUAUCGGACUGAGUCAGAAAAAGGCGCAGUUUGCGAAUUUGGGAGCGGGAUGCAUUAAUUUGUUUGUGGCGUUUUUCAGUCCGGUUUUGAUGCAGAAAGUUAAUCGGAGACCGUUGGCGUUGUUGUCGAUUUCGAUGAGUGCGGUGUUUUUGUUUGUGCUGACGUUGGCGAUACAGUUCAUUGACUCCGUGUCAUGGUUCGCAUACGCCUGCAUCGCAUCCGUCUUUCUCUACAUCUUCUUUUAUCAACUCGGGCUCGGUCCAUUGCCAUAUUUCAUCGCAGCUGAACUCUUCGAAGUCGGUCCCCGUCCCGUUGCCAUGGCACUCGGAAGCCUUUCGUCGUGGCUCUGCAACUUUCUCGUUGGCCAAUUUUUCCCGAUACUCAACAGUAAAUGGGGUGCCUUUGUCUUUCUUCCAUUCGCCACAACGUGCGUCUUACUUACGCUUCUCGUGUACUUUUUCCUGCCCGAGACACGCAAUCAAGACCCCUCAACUAUCGCACCAAAGGUUUCCAAAGGAUUCAAAUCGAAGGUAAUGCGUGACUGAAGUGAUUCCAAAACUCUGAUAUUGUUAAAAAAAAUUACGAUAAAAAUUGAAAAUUAGCUUUUACAAGAAAAAACAAAAAAAAUUAGCCUUUUAAUGAAAAAAUUAAGAAAAAAAAAUGAAA